AUGGAUAGCAAAACAGAUGAUCAAAUUAUUCUAUCAGCCUUAAAAUUUUUAUGUGGAGAAUAUAAACACGUUUGUAGGUUAUGUUUACGUUUUACCAGUAACGAAAUUUGUUUGGAUGAUACUGUUGCUAUACAAGCAUCUUAUUGUAAUAACAACUCUAUUUCAUAUUAUUCUAUGUUAGAAGAUUUAAAUGUACUCAAGGAACCGCUUCUACCACAUAUACUGUGUGAAAGCUGUGCAGGCAUUACCAUCAACUCUUACAUAUUUCUUAAACUUAGACAAUUUGCUAUUGACAAAUGGAAUAAUGUUUUAAACAUCCUAAAUAUGUCAUUGUCACAAUCAAAUCCUAUAGAAUCUCCCAAUCAGACAGCUUACCUAAUCUUGAACAAAAAUGACAACUUAUUAUUGCAAAGUUGCAAGAGUUAUGGUGCAACACCUAAAAAAGUAGCAGUUCUGAAGGACAUCAUGAGUUGUUGUCGUAGAUACAUUCAAGAGAAGCGUAAAUUGCGAGAGUUUCAAUGUGAUGAAUGCGAUAAGAGGUUUAGCUGUCAUGAUUACUUGACAAAACAUAAAAAACUUCAUAAUCGAUCCCCUAACCCAUGUCCAAAAUGUUUAAAGGUAUUUUUAACAACUACUCAGCUGGCAGAGCAUAUGGAAAGAGUGCAUUAUCCAAAAACAAUACAAUGUUCUAAAUGUUCGAGAAAAUUUGGGACACAGAAAAUAUUAAAAGCGCACCAGAGGAUGCAUCACACACCUGCAAUGUGUAAAUUUUGUAACAUUGAUUUUCCAUCGCGCUUAGAAUUAAGAGCCCAUAUGGAUAAACAUGGGGCUGCUACAUGUCAAACAUGUAACAAAAAGUUUUCAUCUCAACAUACAUAUAAAGUACAUUUGAAAAGUUGUGGUGAAAAGGGUAAAGUUAGGGAGAAAUAUAUUUGUGAUUUCUGUAACAAAUGUUAUUCCAGUAAAAAUGGGCUAAUCACCCAUUUGAAAAUAGACCAUGGUUUUGCCAAAAAAGUAUUAACUUGCAAGUGGUGUAAUAAGAAAUUUGAUGCGAUUAGUAGAUUGAACAACCACAUUGUGACUCAUACUAAAGAGAAAAAAUUUCACUGUGAGCAAUGUGGGGGAAUGUUUGUGACACAAGCAGCCCUUACAUAUCACAUAAGACUCCACACUGGUGAAAGACCCUACCCUUGUGAUAUGUGCGAUGAAAGCUUCUUAUCAUCAUCUAGGAGAAUGGAACACAAAAGACGAAAACAUAUUGGUCCUACAAAAGAAUGUAGCUUAUGUGAAAUGAAGUUCCUCACUCAGUUUCAAUUACGAAAACACAUUAAAAGACAUUUUAAUCCAAGCAGCAAACUAUAUAUUACAGAGACCGAUCAUUACUUUCCAAAGCGAGUCAGACAACCACAUUCAUUUACAUUGUCUAAAAAUGAUUGCAAA